AUGGGUGACGCCACGGUGACGAUCUGCCAUCGGCACACCCCCGCCGAGCAGCUGGUGGAAUUCACCAAGCGGGCCGACAUCCUGGUGGUGGCCACAGGCAUCCCCCACCUCAUCACCGCAGACAUGGUCAAGGAAGGCGUGGCGGUCAUCGACGUGGGCAUCUCGCGCAUCAAGGACCCCGUCUCGGGACAGUCCAGGCUCGUCGGGGACGUCGACUUCGACAGGGUGAUAGAGAAAGCGAGCUACAUCACCCCCGUGCCAGGGGGUGUGGGUCCCAUGACGGUGGCCAUGCUGAUGAAGAACACCUACACGGCUGCCUGCAACGAGGUUCAUUACCAGACCGGUACCAUCGCCGAGUACCAGACCUGGGACGACGAGUCGGAGAACGUCGCUUUCGUCAUUUGA